AUGACAACAAAUAUCUGUAUUUCUCCGGCAUUGGUCAAAGAUGGAUGGUGUCAGUGUGGAUCUGAUCAAUAUGCUUUUUGUGAUGAUGAAGAUUUAAACAAUCUUUAUAUUAGAAAACAUGUAUCAUUUACAACUAUUUGUGAUGGUUGUACAGAAUUAAUACCUGUUACCGUUAAUGGACGAUAUGAAACAGAUGAAACAGAAUCUGAUGAAAUUGAUUGUUAUUCAUCAUCAUUAUCAUUUAAUUGUCCAUAUCAACAUUAUCAUAUUUGUGUUUCACCUCAAACAAAUCAAUUUAUGUGUUUACCUCUUGAAAAAGCAAAUGAUGGUGAUAUUGAUUGUCUUGGUGGUACUGAUGAACCUAAACUAUGUCGAUCAAAUGAUUAUCAACCUAACGACAACAAUUUUCAGUGUAUCAGUAACACAGGCGAACUUUGUAUUAGUCCCGUAGAAUUGUGUUUUGAAAGUCGUUGCCAAGAUGGAACUGAUGAACAAUUUUGUGAUAAGACUCGAAAUAUCACUAUAUACUCUAGUAUUUGUGAGAAAUGGUAUGAAGAUAUUCGUUCUGCUGUUGAAAACUUCUUUUGUACACGUCAAUUCGAUGCCAAUAAGCCGACAAUGAUACAUUUUGCACUUGCAUUAUUUGCAUUAAUUAUUUUACUUAUUGAUGAUAGUAAUGAAAGAAUUAUUCAUUCAUAUCAACAACUUACUUAUAUUUAUAUUCGAGAUUGUCAAACUAAAUUGAAUAUUUAUUUACUUUAUUCAACUAGACCAAAAAAUUUAACAAAAAAUUAUUUUAUUCAUAUUGAUAUUUAUGAAAAGAUUUCAUUUACAUAUCGAAGAAGUUUUUUAAUUCCGCUUAAGUAUCCAUUUCUACCUGUACAUCGUAUUGCUGUUCAACUUCAUAUUCCACGUACAAAUGAUAGACAAGAAAAUUGCUUAGAUCAACCAUGUAUACAUGGUCAAUGUAUUAGAUAUUCAAAUAAUUCAAAUAAUAAUACUUUUUGUCAAUGUUAUCAUGAAUGGACGGGAAAAUAUUGUACUAUUCCAUAUAGAUGUACAUGUUCAUCUGAUUCAUUAUGUGUUGGUACAUCAUCAAAUAAUCGAUCUAUUUGUAUUUGUCCACUUAAUAAAUGGGGUUCUCAAUGUUUACUUCAUAAUACAAUAUGUUAUUCGAAUCAAAAUGCCACUUGUCAGAAUAAUGGUAAAUGCAUACCUAUUGAUGAAAAUAUUGUAUUUGAUAAACCAUUUAUAUGCAUCUGUCCAAAAGGAUUUAGUGGAGAAAGAUGUGAAAUAGUUGAUAAUAAAAUAAUUUUAUCAUUUCAUAAAGAUAUUAUUCUACCACAAACAAUGUUUGUUCAUUUUAUUCGAGCGAUUGAUAAUGCUCCUACAUGA